UGCUUUACACUUCUCAUCGCACGGUAGAAAAUAACAACCAAAACUAUUUUGGUCAUGAUUUCGGGUGAAAAAAUUCCAAAUUGAAAGCGAAAGUUGUGUUUCCUGCCCUUAAAGCCCUGAUGGAAAGUACAGAUGAGCAGCUGCAGCUGGAACUGCACGGGAUUUCGAUGGAAAGUCGCCAGGUCAGCAACUUCGAUGACCUUAUGGAACUGACCAACAACUCGGAGCGUCUGAUGGCCAGAGUCAACUCGAGCCUGGACGCCCUGAACUCCGCCCUCGAUAACCUGGAGAGUCGAACGGAGCGCGUUCUGGUCGAGAUUCGGAGGCUAAUCAGCUCGGGAAUACCAGCGGCACAGGGUCCGCACGAUGGAUGCGGAGAUCCAGAUGCCAGGGCGUAGGCGGGCAAACUGCUUGGAAUACGUUUCUAAACUAUGCUAAAUAUUUCAAUAAAUUUAUGUACAUUUUAUAA